CCAAAUCCCCAAAUCUUUGUCUGAAAAAAGCCUCCCUUUUUUUUGGUGCCUUUUUGGAUCCAAUCCUUCCUAUAAAAUCAAAAACCCUAAUUUGUUACAACACUCUUCCAAGCUCUCUCCUUUUUCCAUUCAACAACCCAAAGCUCACAUCUUUGAUUCAUCCAAUGCCUCCACAUUCUCAUCUUCAACAUCACCAUCACUCCCAUUGCCAUUCUUCUCCUCCUUCUCCUUCUCCUUGCUGUUCCUUCUCUUCUCCUCCUCCUUCUUCUCCAUCUUGCUGUUCUUGUUGCUGUGGAUGCUGCCCUUCUUCUCAACCUCCUCCUUCUCCUCCUCCUCCUGAUCAGAUGGUGGUGCUCCUCCAAUCCCUCCUUUCAAACCAACUCCAUAUCCCCAAUCCUCCCUCAUCUGAUCACCAUCUUCUCCAAACCCUUGCAAACCAUCUCCCCAAGCCCUAUCCGCAACCUCCACAGCGCCAGCACAAGGAUCCUGACAACAAGACUCAGUCGUUGCUUCUCUCUCUCCUCCGCCGUGUCUCCGCUCUCGAGUCCCAGCUUCCCGAUCUCUCUCGUCCACCACCACCGCCUCCGCCGCAGCCGGUAGUUCCAGCCAGUGCUGCUCCGAAGCUGUCUCUUAGGGAUGUGGCGGCGAGGACCAUUCAGGCUCGGUUCCGUGAGUUCCUUGUGCGGAGAUCACGGACUCUCCGGCACCUCAAGCAGCUUGCUGCUCUGAAAUCCCAUGCUGCUGCUCUUCGGUCCUCGCUCUCCGGCAAGGUACGCGUUGCUGAUUCGGAGCGUGUCUCACAGAGAGCCAUGGAUCUUCUUCUCCAGUUGGAUUCCAUUCAGAGCUCUGAUCUGAUGAUUCGGGAGGGGAAGAAGUCCAUCACACGGGAGCUUACCCGGAUUCUAGAGUUCAUAGAUAAGGUUUCACCGAAAGGGAAUCUGAAUCCGAUUAAAGAAGAUGGUGCCGGCACUGAUCGGAGACGGCAUUGGCAAAACUCCAAAGCAGUGAAAAGAGUGAGCUUUUCUGAGUUUGAUUCAUAUGCGCCAUUUGCAGAAGAUCUCAUUGAUUUGGGUGGUGAGAUGGAAAGGUUGGAUGAAGAACAUGUUGAGGAUGCCGAAUUGGAAGUUGAGAAUGGAUUAAGCUUUGGAAUUGGAAGGAAGUUGGGUCUCUAUGCUCCCAUGCCGGUGCACAUGGAACCAAGGGAAAGCUAGAAAUGCAGCAGAGAGAGGUGUGCAUUGAACUUCUCUUUGUGUGUGUUCUUGUUGUAUUAGUUUCUUUCUAGUGUUUGUAGCUUGCUAAUGCCUUUGAGAAGUUGCAUGUCACUUGGUUUGAUUCCACUAAUGUUAGUCAUUGUUGUACCUUUAGUUGUUCAACUAGAAGAGCAUGAUUCUCUUUGUAUUAUUUUCUUUCUAGUGUUUGUAGCUUGCUAAUGCCUUUGAGAAGUUGCAUGUCACUUGGUUUGGUUCCACUAAUGUUGUUAGUCAUUGUUGUACCUUUAAUUGUUCAACUAAGAUAGCAUGACUCUCUUUGUUUA